AUGCACAUUCCAACUUCCCGCUUCGGCUCUGACCCCUACCCUUCUGAUACAAGAGAUGAUAAUGGCGGAGGUGGCGGCUCUCAACUUCGACAAUGGUCCUCAUUCAUUGGCAUAGUCACUGCAAUUGUGGGCAAUUUACUCAUUUCCUUCGCUCUGAACACCCAGAGAUAUGCACAUAUCCGCAUAGAUCGCGAACAUAAAGAAUGGAGGAAAAAUUCCACGCGUGGCAGACUAUCCCCUGGUUAUGGGACUACACAGCAAGAAGAAAUUGCCGAGGAACGGAGUCGCACCAAUCUCGGUCGGAAAUCAAGCAAUGGACCACGGGAUUCAUCCUUACCACAGGGGUACGAACCCCGAAACUUUGGGAAUGGUGAUGCAAAGGACGAAGAUGAUGAGCAUGGAAGACAGUCAUAUCUCAAGUCACCUUACUGGUGGUUAGGUCUGAUUCUCAUGAUCAUUGGUGAAACUGGCAAUUUUCUCGCUUAUGGCUUCGCACCUGCCUCGAUUGUGAGUCCUCUGGGUGUGGUGGCACUGAUAUCAAACUGCUUGAUCGCACCCUUGAUGCUUAAGGAGCAUUUCAGAAAGCGAGAUUUCGGAGGAGUUCUUGUUGCUAUUGCUGGUGCCGUCGUGGUCGUUCUAUCUGCCAGCAGUAAUGAGCAGAAAAUAGGCCCGGGUGAACUGUGGAAGACCGUCAAGCGAUGGGAAUUCCUUCUAUAUGUCGUGCUCACCUGUCUGCUCAUCGCCGGUCUGCUGUGGGCUAGUCCACGAUAUGGGCGAAGAACUAUUCUUGUUGACCUAGGGUUGGUUGGUCUGUUCGGCGGAUAUACAGCGUUGUCGACGAAAGGUGUGGCAUCUUUGCUGUCAACGUCCCUGUACAAAGCGUUCACAUAUCCCAUCUUCUACUUCCUCGUCGUCAUUUUGGUCUUGUCAGCGCUCAUGCAAAUUCGCUAUUUGAAUCGAGCGUUGCAGAAUUACGACUCUACUCAGGUUAUCCCGACACAAUUCGUUCUCUUUACCUUGUCUGUUAUUCUUGGAUCAGCUGUCUUGUAUCGAGAUUUCGAGCACACGGGAACCACUCAGGCCGCCAAGUUCAUCACGGGCUGCUUCUUGACCUUUUUCGGGGUCUAUCUCAUCACCAGCAAACGAAAUGGCCUCAAUGAUGUUGACGGCGAGGACGCAGAUGAAGAUGAGACUAUUCAUCUGAUUGAUGAGGAAGCAGAGGAUAUUGAUGAACGGACUCCACUCAAACAUGAGCAAGAUCUAGUCGUCUCUCUUCCUAAUGGAAUUGAGCACAAUGGCGAGGCAAAUGGUUUGCGUACCCCUCCAAGGCCGUCCACAGCAUCGUCUUCGGUUCCAUCCAUCGCAAUUACCCCUGUGGCAGAGCCAUGGGAAGACUCUGACAGACCACCAGCUUGGAUGGGCCCUGUCGACGCCUUUGAUGGAAGCGCGUUACCACGUACACCACAGAUCAGCAGGAUUCAAGCAGAUUCAGGAGCAACGCCUUUUUUCACGCCAAGCACUUCCAAGGCCCUCAAGCGAGCAACAUCUUCGCCUGCUAAACCCAGCACUCCCGUUGGACAGACAACACCAGGGCCUCCUGGGCCUGAUCCACUUGACUUUGUAACACCUGAGCCAGGUUUCCUCACCCGAUCCGCGCGUGGCAGUAUCUCGCGUCUACUUCCUGGGCCUUUGCUCCCGCCCCUCUCAUCCUCUCUCAGUGCACUGGUCGCAAAUUCGAUACUUAAUGGCGAGGGAGCCCCACGGUCCGUGCGCGCGAGAAUUCGGCGUACUCGCUCUGCUCGUCAUCACACCGAAGACGAACGGCGACGCUUUAUGCCAGUCGGCGAUGACAACGUACUGAACGCACGGUCUGCAGAAGACCUGAGCAGACAGAACACCCGUGACACCAUGCCUCUCCCUGGAGUCAGAGAUAUCAUUGAAGAGGAGGAAGAUCAAGGAACAAGAACCAGGAUGAGAGCGUUGAGUGAGACAUUAUCGGGCAUGAUUGGGAGAAGUAAGGGAAAGAAAAGAGAUGACUAUUUCUACACCCCGACGAGGAAUGGGAGUCAGGGCUGA